AGGGACGGGGCAAUAGAGUGGGGCCUUGCUUAAGGAAGGUGCCCAAGGUAAAUUUCCUCCCCAGGCUAAGGGGUGGUGAGGGUAGAAUUGAGCAGUAUGAACAAGGUUUUGUGGGAUCUGGGAAGGCACAGCAUAGGGGAAAUUGUGUAAUUGUAUCUGCUGCCGUGCUAAGUUGCUGUAUCACGUUGACACGGGGCCACCCGCUUGGAGUUUUGCAGAAUGGGCCUUAGGAGAUUUAUCCAAGCCUCUUAUUUCCAAUGUGCCAGAACAUCAGGAAUCCUAAAGCAUGUACGAUACAAACCUCCAAGUUUGGUACAGUGGAGGUAUUCUGGAUCAAGUCUCUAUAAAGCUGUAAUCUUUGACAUGGGGGGAGUUCUUCUCCCUUCCCCUUACCGGGUGGCUGUAGAAUGGGAGGUGCGGAAUCAUAUUCCUCCUGGCACUAUCAAACAAGCCUUAAUAUCUGGAGGGGAGAACAGGCCCUGGAUGAGGUACAUGAGAGGAGAGCUGACAUCAGCGGAGUUUUUGCAAGAAUUUGGACAUCAGUGCUCUGAGAUUGCAAACUUGUCUGUUCCAGUGGACUCCUUUCUCUCUGAUCUAACCAGUAGUCAGAUGUCAAAACAGCUCCCCAUUAUGACUGAAGCCUUAGAGUGUAUCCGGGCAGAAGGUCUUAAGACAGCUGUUCUAAGCAACAACUUCUACCUUCACAGUGGGGUGAGCUUUUUGCCCCUAGACCGAAACCAGUUUGACGUGGUAAUUGAAUCUUGCCGGGAAGGGAUAUGCAAACCAGACCCUCGUAUCUAUACGUUAUGCUUGGAGCGCUUGGGUGUUCAGCCAAAGGAAUCCAUCUUCCUUGAUGAUAUUGGGCAGAACUUGAAAGCAGCCGCCCAGCUUGGCAUUAAGACAGUGAAGGUUGAUGACCCAGAAGCAGCUCUCAAAGAGUUAGAAACCUGCUUGGGCUUCCCUUUGCGGGGAUUUGUUCCACACACUUGCCUAGUGAGACCAACAAUGGAAAUUCCAAAAGAUCCCCUACAGAAGUACCUUGAAGAGGUCCUAGGUGGCCAGACAACAGGUCCUCUGAUAUUACGACAGUUCAGUCAUGGACAGUCUAACCCCACUUACUAUAUCAAGUUUGGGGAUCGUCACUUAGUCCUGAGGAAGAAACCUCCUGGCAACCUACUUCCGACUGCUCAUGCUGUGGAGAGGGAGUACAGGGUACUGAAGGCUCUUGCUGAGGCUGGAGUUCCUGUUCCUAAAGUGCUUGUGCUCUGUGAAGAUUCAAGUAUCAUUGGCACCCCAUUCUACCUGAUGGAAUACUGCUCUGGCCGCAUCUACAAGGACCUCUCCCUUCCUGGCCUGGACCCUGGCCAGCGGAGGGCUAUUUACAUGGCUAUGAACAAAGUCCUCUGUAAAAUCCAUAGAGUAGACCUCAAAGCGGCUGGACUGGAGGAUUAUGGGAAGCAUGGUAACUAUGUUCAACGGCAAGUUCAAACCUGGACAAAGCAGUAUCGAGCCACAGAAACCCACACAAUUCCUGCCAUGGAGAGACUCAUUGAGUGGCUCCCGUUGCAUCUCCCAGGGAACCAGAAGACCACAGUUGUGCAUGGAGAUUUCAGGCUGGAUAACCUGAUUUUUCAUCCAGAGGGUCCAGAAGUCCUUGCUGUCCUCGACUGGGAACUUUCUACCUUAGGAGAUCCCAUCUCUGACGUGGCGUACAACUGCAUGGCCCACUAUAUGCCUUCUGACUUGGAUAUAUUGAAAGGUUUGAAGGACUGUGAUGUAACACAGUUGGGAAUUCCCACAGCAGAGGAGUAUUUUCAGAUGUAUUGUGAGCACAUGGUAAUUCCACCCAUUGAGAACUGGAAUUUCUACAUGGCCUUUUCCUUUUUCAGAGUGGCCGCCAUCUUGCAGGGUGUGUACAAACGCUCGCUCACAGCAGGUCAAGCAAGCUCAGCUGCAGCUGAAGGCAGCGGAAAGCAGGUGGAGCUCAUGGCCAACUUAGCAUGGGACUUUGCUACAAAAGAAGGAUUUCGAGUGUUUAAAGAAUGUUCAGCUGCAAAACCUUUAGCAAGACCUUACAGUACCUGGACCAGGAAUGGGGCAUUCUCCAGGAGAAACUAUGUCACCAUGGCACCUUCCUCACCAGCUCAUACUUCCAAAGCUCAUCUUAUUCUUUCUCCUGACGGCCUUCCCAGGAGAGCCCAGGAUCUUUACCACAAGCUGAGGAGAUUCAUGGAAAUCCAUGUCUAUCCUGCUGAGCAGGUUCUGAGAGAUCAUCAGGUUUCACAGUCUAGAUGGACUCCACAUCCUCUUAUAGAAGAGCUGAAGGACAAGGCAAAGUCUGAAGGACUGUGGAACCUUUUCUUACCCGUGGAGAGUGAUCCAGAAGUGAAAUAUGGAGCAGGCCUCACAAACCAAGAGUUUUCCCAUUUGUGUGAGCUCAUGGGAACAUCACUGUUUGCGCCCGAGAUAUUCAACUGCUCUGCCCCUGACACUGGGAACAUGGAGGUGCUGGUUCGAUAUGGGACGGAAGAGCAGAAGGAACACUGGCUGCAGCCUCUGUUGGACGGGAAGAUACGCUCGUGCUUUGCUAUGACUGAGCCGCAGGUUGCUUCAUCUGAUGCCACCAACAUCGAAUCUUCAGUCAUAGAAGAAAAGGGUUUCUACAUUCUAAAUGGGCAUAAAUGGUGGAUUUCAGGGGCUCUGGAUCCUCGUUGCCAGCUCUGUGUGUUUAUGGGGAAGACCAACCCUGAAGCCCAGCGCCACAAACAACAGUCAAUGCUCUUAGUUCCCAUGGACACUCCAGGCAUAACAGUCACCAGGCCUCUCAGUGUGUUUGGUGAAGAAGAUCCCCCAGCUGGCCAUGGGGAGAUCUUAUUUGAAAAUGUGCGAGUGCCCAAAGAAAAUAUACUGCUGGGACCUGGCCGAGGCUUUGAAAUUGCACAAGGGAGACUAGGGCCCGGACGGAUCCACCACUGCAUGAGGCUCGUUGGCUAUUCCGAAAGGGCGCUGGCGCUCAUGAAGGAGCGAGUGACGUCUCGUGUGGCCUUUGGGAAACCCCUAGCUGAACAGGGCACUAUCCUGGAAGACAUUGCCAAGUCCCGCGCUGAGAUUGAGCAGGCCCGGCUUCUUGUCCUGAAGGCUGCCCUCCUCAUGGAUACAGCUGGCAACAAGGCAGCUGCUCUAGAGAUCGCCAUGAUCAAAAUGGUGGCUCCAUUGAUGGCUCUGCGGGUUAUUGAUCGUGCUAUCCAGGCCUUUGGAGCAGCAGGUCUCAGUAACGAUUACCCACUGGCACAGUUCUUUGCCUGGGCGCGAGCCCUGCGUCUCGCCGACGGACCCGAUGAAGUUCACAGGACAGCAGUCGCUAAAUUGGAGCUGAAACGCUAGCCCUGGCCCGCUGUGAAAAAGAACCACUAGGAGGCAGAAGAGGAAUCUCCCAGCUGCCGCCUUGGGAUGUGUAAAUGUGAGGGGGGGUCCUCUGAUUAACACAGGGUGUUUGUGGGUGGCAAUAGCUUUCAUUUCAAUGUCCUUGCAGAUUGCCAGAGGCCGUGGGGCAGAGGCAAUGUGCUCCCCAGUUGGCUUUAAUGCUGGGCUCAUUUGGUGCAGAAAA